GGAAGAUGAAUGGCUACCGUGUAUCCAACUGGGUUCUGCUGUCGCAGUGUGUAAGAGAGCUGAAGCUCUAACCUAGUUCGUGUUGGCAUCCAUAAGGCACAUUCCUCUAGUGCCAAAGUUCUACCCAGCUCAACAAGAGUCGUUUUCAGCACGGUAGAUAUUUGAAAGAAGUGGUGUCAGAAUGUGAAUGCGAGGUAGAAGAGAAAUAAUAAAGAAAUAUUGAUGGCGAGCUUAAGCUCCCUGUGUGUUCAGUGGCGAAUUCAUGGCCAUGGCCCCCGAGGUUCAGAACUCCGCAAAGCCAUCUCCACGCUUGACCUGACGCUACAGCCGGAGGAGGUUGGCAGCCGUCAGAAACUUAUAAACUCCUCCGUUCUCCUCAAAGCCUGCAUAAGGUCUGGUAACUUGGAGCUUGGUAAACUCCUUCACCACAAGUUGAUUCACUCUGGACUCCCACUUGACUCUGUUCUUCUCAACUCACUAAUUAGCCUCUACUCUAAAUGCGGGGACUGGCAAAGCGCGCUUUCAAUAUUCCAGAUGGACUGGCUUCAGAUGUCUGUGUGGGUUGUACUCUGGUGGACAUGUAUGCUAAAUGUGCAACAGAUGGAUCACAAGAAAAUUCUAGGAAAGUAUUUAAUAGCAUGCCUCUUCAUAAUGUUAUGUCUUGGACUGCUCUCAUCUCUGGAUAUGUACAGGGCAGAAAAGAACAAGAAGCCAUGAAACUGUUUUGUAACAUGCUUCAUGGUCAUGUUGCACCAAAUUGCUUCACAUUCUCCAGUGUCCUCAAAGCUUGUGCAAAUCUUCCUGAUUUUAGCUUCGGCAAACAACUGCAUGGUCAGACAAUUAAACUAGGCCUUUCCGCAAUUAAUUGUGUGGGGAAUUCUCUUGUUAACAUGUAUGCAAGGUCUGGAAGUACGGAUUGUGCUAAAAAAACUUUCAAUAUCUUAUUUGAAAAGAAUUUAUUUUCGUGCAGUACAGCUAUUGAUGCACAUGCAAAAGCAUUGGAUUAUGAUCAGUCUUUUAACCAUGAUAUUGAGAACCUUGUUGUUGGAGUUGGUUCUUUUACAUAUGCAUGCCUCUUAAGUGGCGCAGCUUGUUUAGGUACAAUCGGUAGGGGUGAACAAAUUCAUGCCCUCAUAGGGAAGUCAGGGUUCGGAACAGAUUUAUGCAUUAAUAAUGCUUUAAUCUCUAUGUAUUCCAAGUGCGGAAUCAAAGAAGCUGCUUUGCAGGUCUUUAAUGACAUGAGGCAUCGCAAUGUAAUAACUUGGACCUCUAUCAUAAGUGCUUUGGCAAAACAUGGAUUUGCUACAAAAGCUUUAGAAUUGUUCUAUGAAAUGCUUGAAAUAGGUGUAAAGCCUAAUGAGGUCACUUAUAUUGCGGUUUUAUCAGCCUGUAGUCACGUUGGUUUGAUUGAUGAGGCUUGGAAACACUUCAAUUUUAUGCAUUAUAAUUAUGGUAUCAGUCCAAGGAUGGAACAUUAUGCAUGCAUGGUUGAUUUGCUUGGUCGAUCUGGAUUGCUUGUAGAAGCUAUUGAAUUUAUUACUUCAAUGCCUUUUGAUGCUAAUGCAUUGGUAUGGUGUACGUUUCUUGGUUCUUGUCGGGUUCACCGUAACACCAAACUUGGAGAGCAUGCUGCAAAAAUGAUUCUUGAGCAGGAGCCUCAUGAUCCAGCUACCUAUAUAUUAUUGUCAAACUUGUAUGCGUCAGAAGGGAGGUGGGAUGAUGUAGCAGCAAUAAGAAAAUGCAUGAAACAGAAAAAAUUGAUAAAAGAAUCAGGUUAUAGUUGGAUUGAAAUCGACAACCAGAUACACAGAUUCCAUGUAGGGGAUACUUCACACUCCCAGGCUAAAAUGAUAUAUGAUGAACUUGAUGAAUUGGCUUUAAAAAUAAAGAACUCGGGUUAUAUCCCAAAUACAGAUUUUGUUCUUCACGAUGUGGAGGAUGAACAGAAGGAUCACUAUUUGUUUCAACACAGUGAAAAAAUUGCUGUGGCAUUUGCUCUUAUAAGUACUCCAAAACCAAAACCUAUUAGAAUAUUUAAAAAUCUUCGAGUUUGUGGGGACUGCCAUACGACAAUGAAGUAUAUAUCAAUAGUUACUGGAAGAGAGAUAGUAGUCAGAGAUGCAUACCGGUUUCAUCAUGUCAAGAAUGGGAAAUGCUCUUGCAAUGAUUAUUGGUGA